UGUUGGAGGUCGGGUUUUGCCCAUGAAACGUCUACUGCGAAAUGCUAUGCAAGCGCCGAAAAGAGUGUGAUUAACAUGCAAUUACAGAGACAUGUGCUUCACGCUACUGUUUAAAUGACAUUACUCCUCAGCUGAUUGGUCACAAGUUGAGAAGAAGCGCGUGGUGAACUCGGAGGAGCUCCUAAAACUGUCCGUCCGUUUUGUCCUACAAAGGCGCGGAGGGGUUUGACAGCGGCAGCACUUCAGUGCGCAGGCCUGAGGUUAGGUGACCUGCUGGAGGAGGAGUACGGCUGUCUAAGGACUACAUGAAACAAUAAAGACUGUCUUUAAAAAAGCUAAAAACAUGAGGAAGGACGUGAGGAUACUACUUGUAGGGGAACCCAAGGUGGGGAAGACUUCGCUGAUAAUGUCUCUGGUCAGCGAGGAGUUUCCCGAUGAGGUUCCUCGUCGAGCUGAGGAGAUCACCAUCCCAGCCGAUGUCACCCCAGAGAGGGUACCCACACACAUAGUGGACUACUCGGAGGCCGAACAGUCAGACGAGCAGCUGUACCAAGAAAUAUCAAAGGCAAACGUUAUCUGCAUAGUUUACUCGGUCAACAACAAGAAGUCCAUUGAAAAGGUGACAAGCCACUGGAUUCCACUCAUCAAUGACAGAACGGACAAGGAUAGCAGGGUACCAUUGAUCCUGGUUGGGAACAAGUCUGACCUGGUGGAACACAGCAGCAUGGAGACCAUCCUGCCAAUCAUGAAUCAAUACCAGGACAUCGAGACCUGCGUAGAGUGCUCUGCCAAAAACCUGAAGAACAUCUCUGAGCUCUUCUACUACGCCCAGAAGGCUGUUCUCCACCCGACCGGACCCCUGUACUGCCCGGAGGAGAAGGAGUUGAAGCCUUCUUGCAUAAAGUCUUUAACUAGAAUCUUCAAAGUGUCUGACCUGGACAACGACGGCAUCCUUAAUGACAACGAGCUCAACUUCUUCCAGAGAACAUGUUUCAACACCCCGCUGGCGCCGCAGGCCUUAGAGGAUGUAAAGAAUGUGGUCAGGAGGAACAUGACGGACGGAGUCACAGACAACGGACUUUCACUUAAAGGCUUCCUGUUCCUGCACACUCUGUUCAUACAGCGAGGCCGACACGAGACCACCUGGACGGUGCUGCGGAGGUUUGGCUACGACGAUGACCUGGAGCUCACACAGGAGUACCUGUUCCCCAUGGUAAAGAUCACCCCAGACUGCACCACAGAGCUCAACCACAACGCUUACCUCUUCCUCCAGAGUGUCUUUGACAAACACGACAAAGACAGGGAUUGUGCGCUGUCGCCUGAGGAGGUGAAGGACUUGUUCAAAGUGUUUCCCUACAUGCCCUGGGGUCCGGAUGUCAACCACACGGUCGGCACUAACGAACAGGGCUGGAUCACAUACCAGGGAUACCUCUCCCAGUGGACGUUAACAACAUAUUUAGAUGUACAGCGCAGUUUGGAGUACUUGGGUUAUCUUGGCUACUCUAUCAUCUAUGAACAGGAGUCCCAAGCUGCUGCCAUCACAGUGACGCGUAACAAGCGCAUCGACCUGCAGAAGAAACAGACCCAGCGCAGCGUCUUCCGCUGCAACGUCCUGGGCGACCGAGGCAGCGGGAAGAGCGGCUUCCUCCAAGCUUUCCUGGGCAAGAACCUGGAGGGACAGAGGCGGAUUAGAGAAGACCACAAGUCCCUCUACGCCAUCAGCACGACCUAUGUUUACGGUCAGGAGAAGUACCUGCUGCUCCAUGAGGUGAUGCCAGACUUUGACUUCCUGUCAGAGGCGGACCUAGCCUGUGAUGUGGUCUGCCUGGUGUACGACAUCAACAACCCACGCUCUUUUGAAUACUGCGCCAAAGUGUACAAGCAAUACUUCAUCGAUAGCAAGACGCCAUGCAUGGUGAUCGCCGCCAAGUCUGACCUGCAUGAAGUAGGGCAGCACUACAGUCUCUCACCGCACGAGUUCUGCCGCAAACACAAGCUCCACCCACCCCAGCCGUUCACAUGCAGCAUGACCGACGCACCCAGCAAAGACAUCUACACAAGACUCACCACCAUGGCCAUGUACCCCUCCAGCCAGCCCCCCUGCUCUCUGUACGCUGUGACACAGCGAGGUGUGACCGCGCUAACAUGCAGCCUGCUAGCCAGGGAGGUGACUGUGUGUGUGGGUCGUGCAUGGUGUUAUUUACUUGUGCAGUGCAAAUUAACUGCUAAUACUAACCCCACAUACAAAACACAAAUGUGUUGUAAACUUAAAAAACAUUUUUACUUCAUUCAGAGGAAUAAAUAGAAGUAGAUAUCUCUGGAUAGUUCUGAGUAUAUUUAUAUUUGUAAAUUAUGUUAUUAUGACUGUUAUGAAGCAUUUGAAAAUUAAAAAAAAGUACGUCAAAAAAAAUUAGGGUGUGAAUUUUGACAAUUAAGUUUGAGCUAUGAGCACUUUUUUUAAGAGUUGUUCGCUCCUUCCUGUCCUGCAGUGGAUAUGCAAACUUUAAAUCUUGACUAACGGACACAUUAUUUGCUCAGAGAAUGAGAGAAACCAGCCGUUCUCUUUAGUUUGUGCUGAAAACGUCAUCGAUGUCUGCAUGUUUGAUAUCCGAUUUAUUUUGAAUCACAUAAAAGUAUUAAAAUUCUUAAUUGUCUUCAUGGCACCAGCCUUAUCAAAGAGUGCUUGACUGAUUGUCUAUGGUGUUUUCAGUCUCCCUUCGUCUUCACUUCCAUUCCUAAUAGUGAAGUCUACACCUACAGGAGACUUUUAUUUUGAAAAGCACCGUUGUUUUUGUACAUCUAUUAUAAUACAAACCGCUGUCCACUUGUUCUCCUUUGGGUUGAGACUUCGUAAAUGUAACAGGCUGAUGUUUAAAAUCAAAAUGUGUUUCUUUGAUGUUUAAUUGGAUUGUAUUGCACCAAUCACCAGUCAUUUCAUCCUGUUUUUCCCUAUCUUGUAUUUCCUGUCUUUGUGUUUUUUCCUUCGAGUCUAUAGGUGUUCAAAUGCAUGUGUUUGGCUUCCCCUCUUCCUCUUCCUCUUGCACGUGUUCACCUGCUGCUAAUCUGUUUGCCGUUGUGUUGGCUCAUCUGUUCUCUGCCUCUCUGCAUAACCACAGGCAUGCCUCGGUGCUGAGCGGGGAACGGGUCACUCAUCAUCUCUUUGUCUUCAUGCUGUGUUUUUAACCUCUGUGGGUUGUUGGCACUAUUAAUAGCAUGACAUUUAACGAGCCAGCCGUGGCAGCGCAAGGGCCCGACACACCACAUUGAACGCCCAACGUGUUUUCUGAAGAGUGGGUUGAUUGACUGGAAGUCGUCUUGCAUUGAAAUCUUCAUCGGUCACAGAAGCUACAAAAGUGAAUUGUGUCAGGAAACUAGUGAUUUAUUUUGGUUUGCUCUAUAAUUUGUUACCAAUCAAAAAGUGACGUAUAUGACGAUACAAUGACCGUAAAAUAUGUAAGAGAAAGCAGAAAAGAACUGAUUAACUGAAUGAAGAGAAACUGGAAAUAUAUUCCGUAAAGAAACUCACAAUUACAUAUUCUGAAAUUUAAUUUACUCGAGAUUCAUGGCUCCACAUUUUCAGCCUGGCUGCCAUGUGGUGUGUACAGUCUGAAGUGUGUGUGUGUGUGUGUGUGUGUGUGUGUGUGUGUGUUUGACCAGGUAUGCAGUUAUGGUUGUUCUUGUGCUUUAAUGGUUUGGGUGGAGGUCUGAGCUCCUGACUCUUCAGGAUUGGUAGAGCUGAGUGAUAUGAAUGAGAUCACUCCAUAUUAUUACGUUGCUAACGUACACUAUGGUUGGUUUACUAUUGAUACUUGUGAAAUUUCAUCUGCCUAGAAGGAUAUAAUUCGGCCAAGUAACUGAAUCUCAUUCAACCAAAGUCUCAAUGAUGUUUAGUCUCCGAGCACAAUAUCAGUUUAUUAUUAUUAUUAUUAUUAUUAUUAUUAUUAUUCCAGCUCUACGGUUGAUAAACAAAUUA